CUCUGUGUGUGUGUGUGUGUGUGUGUGUGUGUGUGUGAGUGUGUGUGUUUUUAUGUCCACGUCCCGUGCGGGCGGCUGAGGAGGCGAGCUGCUGCUGUGAGGAGUGCACGGAGGUUGAGAGUCGCAUCUGCUCUGCGUUCAACAUUUCCAGCGGUCCCUCAACUUGCCAGUCAAGCCAGCUACCGAUCUCCUGUCCGGGCUGUCCCCUGCUUCCUCUGCCGGCAUUAGAGGAUUUAGGACCACACUGUGGCACUUUCGCGGACGCGGCGUUAGAAGUGAUGGCCUCAGCUGCGCAGCUGUGCCGGUGAUCCUGCCGCUGCACGUAGGGAAGAAGCAGAGACGCCUUGACAACCGACCUACCUUCCUCUCUCUCUGUCAAAACAAAAAAAAAAAAGGCGGAGAGAGGAAAAAAAAAGAAAAGAAAACACACCAGCAUAAACAAAUGCGACCAUGUACAGCGUGGAGGACCUCCUCAUCUCUCAUGGAUACAAGCUGCCCAAGCAUACCACCUCCUCCUCCUCCACCCCUACCCCAGCCCCCGCGUCAUCGUCCCGCCAGGCUCCCUCGUCCUCGCCGCCGUCCUACAGCAAACACCAUGAAAUCCUGGAGAACAGGCCCGGCCCCAGGACAGUGAACGGGUAUGAAAGAGGUCCCGGGAUGCCCUAUGGCAACGGUGGUGGAUCCAGGCAGCCUCAAGCGUAUGGCAGCGGCUGUCCCAACAACAACAACGAAGCCAGGGACAGAAGCUUGUCCAGGCGGGAGGGCGAGGGCCGGGGCCAAAUUGACACCCACUCCUUGGGAGAGUCGCUGACCUCAGACAGCGGGUUCUGUGAUGGCACCAGAGGUCCUCAGUCACAGUCCAAGGAUGUGUCCUACUGGAGGAGACGAGGCCAGGACUUCGCUGUGCUGCUGGACUAUGCUGACCUCAAAGAGCCCCAUGGAGGAGGCCAUGUGGGUUACGGAAGGCCAGAGGGGUCUCAACAAGCAAGAGGCCAAGAGUUGUCUGCAGAGGAGCGUCAGAGGGCAGCUCAGGAGAGGCAGCGCUGGGCAGCCCAGGCCCAGGCUCAGGUGCAGGCUCAGGCCCAGGUCCAGGCUCAGGCCCGCUCUAGAGAGAGGGAAGCUGCUCUCCAUCAUUGGAGGAUGGCGAGUGAGAGGAAGUGCCAGAGCCUGGGGACAGAUGAGUGGCGUCCAGCUGUGAGCUUUGGCCGCCAGCUUUCACAGAGUGAGGGUGAGCGUUGGGCACAGGAGCAGCAGCGGCUCCAAGCCAGGACACCAGAGGGUAUGGUAGUCCAUCCCAGGACCAAAGCCAAAUCCCAGUCCCUGCCCAGGAUGCUGCAGCCUGAGAGCCUGCAAUAUGUGGACAUAGACUCGUCCGGCCUGGAACUGUACAGGCGGGUCAAUGGUCACCCACUGUCACACCACGACCUUUACAGGGCACCCCGCUGGCCGGAGAAUGGCAGGCCGGCUAGCGCCAACCAACUUUUAAUGACACCAAAGCCCCGCUUCACCCGACCCCCCAGACCUCCCUCUUAUGAGAUGCACCAGCAGAUCAGGGGAAGCUGUGAGAUGUUGUCCGGGAGAGACUCAGUGAUUCCUCAGGCCAGGGACAGAACUCCACUUCCAAUAUCAAGGACAGAUGACCCUCAACUGGACUAUUUUACACAGGACUCUGGACCUCCAGGAUACAUCCCUCCCCCAUCAUAUAAAAGAGCUCCUAUAAUGGGAAUCGGGCGCCGGGGAUAUGGUGAAAUUGCUGUUGACUACAGGUACAGAGGGGAUGUGUACCAGCAGAUACAGGUGGCUCCAGAUGGAUCUCAUUGGUUCACCAGACAUCCAGCCUGUUCCUGGCCGGAUCCCCAGAGAGAAAGGAGCAUGUCCAGCCAGAAGCAGCUUUACCCUGUAUAUACUACCAAGGAGCGCCCUGGUGGAGGGAUCCAAUAUAUCCCCUUUGAUGACCCCCGCAUCCGCCAUAUAUCCUCAGCCUUGGGUGGCAACUCCCUGACGGAUGCUGACAAGAUCCGGCACAUCCGCAACGAGCUUCCCAGCGUCACCGUGUCGGAGCCUGUAUCCAACGACAGUGCCUUUUUGCCCCCGCCAUUGGGGCCUUUCAUCGCUGCCAAACUGGCCGAUGAUGUUAACCAGACGUCUUCUAGCAACUUUGACAAUGAUAAUAACAGGUGGCACAGUGAUUUGCACAAAGAGGCUGUCGAUAACUUCCCAGCAACUGACCAAAACUGCAACAACAGAUAUCCCAAAAACCAACGUCCUCCUUCAUCUCCCUCUUCAGCCUUCCAGGCCCCAUUACCAAGAUGUUCUUCUCGCCAGGGGUCCAGCUCAGAUCAGGUCUUUGCAGAAACCAUCACACAAGUGAAGAAAAUUGUCCCAGAUUCAGGGCCAGAGAACACUAAGAGAAGAGUGAGCGAGACCAUCUUCUGCCUUGUGUCCGUCCCUGUUCACACACCGACUAACAUUAGCAAAGACUUAGCAGCAGAUCAGAACAACAAUGAGACAAUAGCAAGUCUGACUGUCACCAACACAAACACUUUCGCUGUAGGCCUCAAAGAGAGCCCCAACGUACGGAGCAAGUCAGUGAAUGAGAUGCCCAUCCAACACCACUACUCUCACUUUCACACCAGCAGCAUGUCCUCAAUGAGGAACUACAAGAGGGCUCCUCUAAGGAAGGAGAUAAUAGAUGCCUGGGCCCUUCAAGCCAGUGAAGACAAAGAGUUGUGCUAUGCUGGGUCCUGGCCUGGAAACCAGUACCGAAACCAGGAAACACAGACUGGCUCACCUUUGACGGUGGUGAAAAUUUCAGAACCUCAGAGUCCCCCUGGCGGACAAGAGCCUGCUCAGUCUGUCUCGGACACAACCACAGACAGUGGUGUCGGGACAGACAGUAGCUCCUCUUAUGGUUACCCCAUGGCAGGCCAGAAAAACCUUCAUCCCUCCAGCAACAGCGCCUUCUCCCGUCUUAGCCUCAGCCCAACACAACCGACAUCCCUUCUACCCUCUCAACAAGACCCAUUCUCCCCAUCAACAGCCCAGGAUCAGGGAGAGCAGCCAUGUUCCCCCAGGAAGAGCAACUCCAGUCCUCCGGAGAGUACAGAACAAGUGAGCUUUGGGCAGUUUCUCUUAAAGCCAGUGAACCGACGACCCUGUGAUGCCAUUGGUGAACUGGAGACCAUUAAUAAGGAGAUGGAAGACACAAUCAGCAAGAGACCCAAUGUGGGUCACUGCAUUGACGAUCUAGAUGGGGUGAAUAAGAGAUUAGACCGGUUUAAAUCAGGAGCACAUUUCACUGCUGGUCCAGAACCAGGCAGGGAAGCAAUCAGUCUUCCACCAAUGCACAUAGAAAAACCCAACAACAUAAAAGUCAGAUCAAAGUCCUUUGCUUCUACCGCUGAUCUAGACUCUAUGGACAUGAAGAGUUCUUUUUCCAGACUACAGGCUAACAACAUAUCACCAAAAAAUGAGCUAUCUAUACUCUCCAACCCAGGCCCCAGAGACAGUUGCCUCCUGCCCUCACUAGCCCCACACAAUGAGUCAGACCGGCUCUAUAGACAGGACAUCCCAGUGCCUCAAGAGUCCUUGCUGAGGGAUGUCGGGUUAACCGUUUACACAGAGACUCCUGGUGGUCCUGGGGAGCCAAUGCAGCGCUCACUCUCAGUCCCCCCUCCGCUCGAUCAUAAGGAGCUUAGUCAGUCAGUGCAGCUCUCGUGUGAGAGCAGGACAGCACUUGUUAAAAAUAGUGGUAGCCCCGAGCACAAUUCAAAUAAAGAGCUUCAAGCUGAGGUUGAGACUGAGAGAAAGGCUAAAUCAGACAAUGUUCCACGAUUCAGGGGUGAGGUGAAUUUAAGCAUCUAUAGAACCAGGAGUGAAGGCAGCAGAUCACCUCAGAAAGAGGUUUCUCCACAUAUCACCAGGCUGACCAGGGGGGUUUCUUUUGUGUUGAAGGAUGAUGAUGGCAAUGGGAGAUACGCCAUCUCUGAGCCUCUGACCUACAAGAAUGAGUCAACCAUUGCAGAUAAGCAUCUAGAGAACUUACUGAUUCUGGAGAAAGCCAAUUCUUUACCUGCAGAAGACCUCAGCAACCUGUAUGAGGUUAAAUGCGCAAAAGGUAUCCCUGAAAACGAGUCCAUCGAGCAGAGGGCUGCCAGAAUUCUGGGUAUUGCUGUUCCAGUGGAGGCCUUGGGAGUGGCUGACAAACAGUGCGAGGACAACCAGGACGAUAUGGAUACCACUGUAGUUGAUAAACUACAAAGUCCAGGAGAAGAGACACAGCAGGUGAUAGGAGAGUGUGAGCAAGUCAAAGAUGAGUCCCUUGUCCAGGGAGCAGAGACAGAGGAGGUUAAGGGGACAGGCUCAGUAGUGGACCACGAAGAAGAAGGAGACAGACAAAAGCACAGCAGCAACCACAGCGAUAGUGAAAACAACGAGGAUACUGAGAUUCAGUCCCUGGUGGUACUGGAUCUGCCCGAGUUCCCACCUCAUAAGCUUCCCCUAUCCCUCCCUGUCACCCCUGAUGACGAGCUAGCACUUAGCAUGUGCAGUGUGGAGAGGAGGGGGCGAGGUGGAGCAUGCAAACUAAUCGAAUCCCUGCAAGAAAAGCUAAACUCCUCCGCUUCUUCGUCUGCUUCAUCCCUGGGCAGGUCAACCCCAGACAGAAUGGCCCGUCUGAAAGAGCUGGACUCAGUGUCUCGAAUAAGGCGCCUCAGCCUCAAAGGUUCAGAGUCUGGAGGAGAAGUUGAUUCUGAGGAUAGGGAUGGUGACAGAGAGGAGAGCCAAGUUCAGGAAGUAACAAAGGAGGAAGUUGUAGAGCAACGAGAAGAGGAAGAGGAUAAGAAACUGGAGGAAGAAGGAGGGAAGAGGGAGGAUAACCCAGAAACACAUGACAAGUUGGGAGAUCCUGAAGAAGAUUGUAAACCUAAAGCAAAUGAAGGGAUAUGUGAGGAAGAGCAAAGACAAGAAGAGGAGGCAGAAGAGAUGAAUGUUGAGAUUGCACUAAAAGCGGAAAAUGAAGGGAGUAAAAAUGUAGAUGGUGAAUUAAAAUCGGAGGAGUCAGAAGGAGAAGUGGAGCUUGAAAUUGUGGAGGAUGGUAAAGAAAAGCCUUUGGCGGAGGUAAAAGAUGGACAUAAUACAGCCGAGAUCAGCAGAGCUGAGGCGACACAAGAAGCUGGCAGAGAAAAGUUGCCCAAACCAAAGCAGCGCACCAGGCUGCAGAAGCCUCCUUUGCUUCCUAAACCUCGCAGCGUUCCCAAGAGAGAAAUAACGCUGCCUCUGAGCUUCAGCACUGGGACCUGUGGUCCCUCCAAUAUGGAGGAUGAGGAGAUGCUCUCUGUCUCAGACUCCUACGACCCCAGUCGAGUGGAGAGAGUGUAACCUCAGUGGAAAUCUGUCUGUUCUCAAGUUAACAGCUUUUUCCCCAACAACAAAGGCUUUCAUCUCGCCUCACCGCUUAGUCAGCCGUGACCCCUCCAAUAUUGUUGCGCAUUCCACUGAACUGACUGUCCUGGUGCUGCGAGAGCAUUUUCUACAGCCAAAUAAAGGCCCCCGCCGGUCCUAAUUCUCCAGGCCUUUUCAACCUCAGCGUCCUCGUCCUUCCAUUCUCUCCGCCUCUCCAAAUGUUCGUUUGCUCAAGCAAGCGGAGGACUUCCUCCUUUUGAAGUUGUCUUUUUUGGGGGGGAUUUUUGGAAAAAUGCAUGUCAUUAUUCCCGUCUGCACUUGGGUUCCUUCUCGAGCUUCGGUGUUGAAAAAUGAAUGUAAAAGUGCUUCUGCUCAACAAACAUAAGAAAUGUAAUAUGUAAAAAAAAAAAA